AUGGACAGCCUAGCACAGAACCAGGAAAUCGACUGUGUUGGGGCUGUAGAUCGCGACCACCUUGUCCCACAGAGAUUCAUCAUUGGACCUCCAGCCUUAUCACGCGAACAAGAGCACGAAUUGGGUAAUCAAACCUUUGCUGGAGAUAGCCAAUGGGGUAAGACUGGCCAAUGA